GGUAACCCAGAAUGCGCAAGAGAAGCGCAGAAUCGAAAUGCUCUGAAGGAAAUACAUCAUCAACAAAUGUCGUCCAUACCGAGAGCGCGGACGGGUUUGGUGUGGCAAAACAAGUUGGUGCUGACUUGUCUGUUCAACGAGUGGACUGUGGCACACAAACGGAUAAUGCGCCAACGAGCACAGUGGCAGCGUCGUUACCAGAAUUCACAACGAUUGAAGCGAUUCUGGGUCGAUCGCGCGCGACGCAAACCUUCCCACACGCGCGUACCGUGUUCACACGUUCGACACAGUUUCAAGCUCCAAUUCGUCCAACCGAUCAGCCAAGCACAGCCGCCCAAACUGAGACAACUGGUUCCGUAGCGGGAAUGGCCGUCCCGUUCAAUCACAUCACACUUAGUGGUGACCGGCGUGGGGACGGCGGAGCGGGGCGGUUUCACGGCCCUCCAAGGGGUGCUGGCGUCUUUGGAGGCGCAGCGCAACGCAUCCACCGGCCAGCGCGACGCGUGAAUUUCAUGGUCGCUGCGGAAAAUAAUAACAAUGCCAAUAACAGUUAUCAUAAUACCAACAACAGCAUAAAUAACGGGGUGAACAACAUCGAACGAUUCGAAGCUGCCAGGAAUCUGGCUGAAGAUGUUGUCGUUAUGGAAGGCUUAACGGCGUUACUUGAGGAACGUCUAAAUUUUGCCGCGCUCCAAGCGAAGGCCACGACAAUGGCGAAACAAGCUUCAUGGGUUAAUGCAAAAAGCUUAACGCAAGGACUAUCUCUUUCGCAUUUACUACCUCGAACUGGACAACGCAACGCAGCAAUGCGUCAGUCCGAAAGGUCUGACGUAGCAACAUCUACGAAUAUUCCUUUAUUGGCCGGCGGCACUGUUCCUGGGUUUAGGUUCAAUCCCCGUCGGGGGCUUGAACUGGGAACAAAUCCAUUGUAUGUAUCAGACCCACCCCACUCGAGCAACUUUAACCUUGAAACGAACGGUUUGGGUAAGGCAAUUGUACGAAUAAUACCACCACUAUCUGACAGACCGUCAGGAAGUGUAUUUAUACCAAAACUUUCUCCUUCACUUACAAAACUUCCCACGGUACAAAUCAGUAAUACGGCUGUUACCCCAGCAGCACCAACCUCAACCAGAGGCUCGAUAUUCCCCACACCUAAGGUUGAAUCGCGGCCGUCUUUACUGUCAAUGUUAAUGCCCGGCUUAGUUCCACCCAACAACUUUUCGAGACAGUCAGCUGAAUCAGCUAAGAUGGAUGUACUCGUUCCUAUGGCAAAAUUUGCUGCAAGCACUUGUCCAAAUCGAAGCUCUAUGACAGGCACUUCGACUGUACCUCUUCCCUCUACGAUUCCCGGAAAAAGUUCGGCUGUAACUGUGGUCGCCGCAAGAGCCCCAGGGAUUCCGUCUGCCGAACGCGUUGAGCCGCCGCGAAAUACUACUGCGGCCAACAACGGGCACAUGAAACAGUGACCAUGUUUCAUUUCGUAGGAAAUGAACACGAAAUUUAUCAUAUAUAACUUAUUUACAACAUUCACGUUGAAGGUUAUGGGUGACGUUAAUGGAGCGAAUAAGGAACCUUCAAGGACGAACAUGUGGCAGUGGGGUAAAUAUUUCGUAGGACUUAAAAAAAAGUGAUAGUGUAAACGAACCGGGAGACAGACAGAAGCACAACAUGAGCAGAAGAUGCGAAUCGAAUUGAGAGAAUCGCUGAUAAAUUAGGGACGUUAACACUAUUAAUGGGCUACAUGUGCAACCCACUAUAUUAGUAUAAUAGUGCACUGGUAUAAUAUCUCAGUCUGUGUAUCUUAUUACCCACCCAAGAUGCUUGGGUGGGUAAUAAGAUGUUGUAGCACGUUUUGCUUCAAUUUUUUGGCAGUACCGACAGAUAAAUACUGGUAGGUCAAUAUCACCGUAAAUAAGCAAAUCUUUAAAGUAAAAUUAAGAAACGGUUUAUUAAUGGCGUCGGUUAAAGUUAGUGCAAUAUAAUAAGAUAAAAUCUCUAAUCAGCUGCCUUCAGGCUGAUAUAACGCACAUCUUAACGUGCCAUUUUCUCCGUACACGGUUUUAAAAAAUAUUUUGCAACAAAGAUCUUACGCGAGUUUCUAAACCUACAUAAGUGAGGUAUAGACAUUCGAAUCAUACGUACAUUUUGCAAUGGAAAUGUUUCCUAUUAUUUUGCCAGAACGUAUUAAAGAAAAAUCUAGUACAAAUCCAUUGGCACCAAUGGCGCAAUUUCCGUUUUAACAAAAAUUAGUGAGAAACUUUUGAACAUUACAUACAUUUUGUUGUACGAUAAUACUCACUCUAAUUAGAGCUUAUAAUUGAUUGGUGAGCACCAUAUGAUUCUCUCUAAUUCUCUGAGUCAAUAGAGAAGUGUUUAAGAUAAGUAUGUCAAAAGGAGAUUUACUUUUAUUAUGCAGGAAAGAAGCACUCAAUUCGGAUUAGGUGGCGGGGAGUGUUUCAGCAGA